CUUCAAUCACUGCCCAAAGUUGGUAAACAGCACUGGCUGACCUCAUGGUGUAUGCAAGCUUCAUCAGUGAAGGAGACGAGGCUUAGUGCGGAACAACAGUGAAUUUCGCAAAUCCAGGUGGAGAACCAUCAUGGCGGGGGACAUGAUGAUGCUGGUGCGUGGCCUGGCCAAGCUGAGUCAGGCGGUGAUUGAGACGCAGGCCAGCAUGAUGCGCAACGGCGGUGCCCAGGCCUUCGCCCAGGGCAUGCAGAUGAACGCCGAGCAGGGCAUGGGCGUGGCCAUGCAGAAAUUGCAGGAAUUUGGCGGUCAACAGCAGAACAUGUCAGACUUAGGUUCCGAAAUGGACACAGAAUACAACUUCACUGGCGCCGAAGAGGGCAUGGAAGGUUCCGGGCAGAGAGGCAUGGAGGACGAGUUCAGUCACCACACAGGCUCGGCAGCGGAAGAGCCGGCGCGGACGUACGGCCAGGCACCGGGAGCAAAGUCCAAACUGUUCGAGGGCUACAAGGACCCCAGCAGUCAGUUCUCGGGGCAGAUCCGCUCCUACCACCAGGACCACACGUCCGUGGGCGGCUUGACGGCCGAAGACAUUCAGAAGGCCAGAGAGGCCAAACGGAAUGAGGGGAAACCCCACAAGCAGAUGCUCAGCGAGAGGGCAAGAGAGCGCAAAGUCCCCGUCACGCGGUUAGGAAGACUGGCCAAUUUUGGAGGCCUUGCUGUUGGUCUGGGCAUCGGAGCACUGGCUGAUUUGGCCAAGAAGAGUAUGCGAAGUGAAGAAAAAAAUGGGAACAAGAAGUCAGUGCUGGACUCCAGCCCGUUCUUAUCGGAGGCCAACGCCGAGCGCAUCGUCCGGACCCUGUGUAAGGUGCGCGGCGCCGCCCUCAAGCUGGGCCAGAUGCUCAGCAUCCAAGAUGACGCCUUCAUAAACCCACAGCUGGCUAAGAUCUUCGAGCGUGUUCGCCAGAGCGCCGACUUCAUGCCAAUCAAGCAAAUGACGAAAGCCCUGAACAACGACCUCGGGCCCAACUGGAGGGACAAGCUGGAGUCGUUUGAGGAUCGCCCCUUUGCCGCAGCCUCCAUUGGGCAGGUGCACCUGGCCAAGCUGAAGGACGGCCGAGAGGUGGCCAUGAAGAUCCAGUACCCUGGAGUGGCACAGAGCAUCGACAGCGACGUCAAUAACAUGAUGACGCUCCUCAGUAUGAGCAACGCUCUACCUGAAGGUUUGUUCCCUGAGCACUUGAUUGAUGUUAUGAGACGUGAGCUGGCGCUGGAGUGCGAUUACAUAAGGGAGGCCAAAUGUUCCAAAAAAUUCAAGGAACUGCUGAAGGAUCAGCCCUUCUUCUACGUGCCUAACGUGGUGGACGAGCUGAGUGGCCGUCACGUACUCACCACUGAGCUGGUGCCUGGCUUCCCACUUGACCAGGCCGAGAACCUCCCUCAGGAGCUCAAGAACGAGAUCUGUGAGAACAUCUUAAACCUUUGUCUUCGGGAGCUGUUUGAGUUCAGGUACAUGCAGACAGAUCCCAACUGGUCAAACUUCUUCUACGAUCCACAGACACACACGGUUGCGUUACUGGACUUUGGUGCAACGAGAGGCUUUGACCAGAAUUUCACUGACGCGUAUAUCGAGAUUAUCAAAGCAGCAGCCGAUGGGAACAGAGAGGGUGUGCUGUCGAAGUCCAUAGACAUGAAGUUCCUCACAGGUUACGAGUCAAAGGCCAUGAUUAACGCCCACGUGGACGCGGUGAUGAUCCUGGGGGAGGCCUUCGCCUCCGAAGAGCCGUUCAACUUCGGCGCGCAGAGCACCACCGAGCGCAUCCACAACCUGAUCCCGGUCAUGCUGAAGCAGCGACUGACCCCGCCGCCCGAGGAGACCUACUCUCUGCACCGCAAGAUGGGCGGCUCCUUCCUCAUCUGCUCUCGCCUCGACGCCAAGCUGUCCUGCAAGGACAUGUUCAACAACAUCUACAGCAACUACUGGGCCCAGCGCCAGAAGGGACCAAGCCAGUGACCGCCGGCAGCGACAGUGAGGCAGACCAAUCUUCACAAAGCGCCACGACGUGUGAGCGACUCCCAUCCCAAGAGGGAAGACUGGUUCGGGGGUUGAAUGCUGUUGGACCCGCCGAAGAGGGUUGGUUGUGAAUUGAAUGUAUAGAGAUGACACUUUCUUGUUUCUUUUUUUUUUUUUCCUAGGCUCCCUUAAUCAUUAUCUUUUUUUGUUUUAUCUUUUGUGUGUGUGUGUGUGUGUGUGUUUGCGGUGACGUUUGGGAGCAGCACAUUAUGCUCUGCGGUGCAGGUCAACGUUUUGACACCUCGUUGUGUGAUUGGACGAAGUGUGGUAAUGAAAGGGUGUUCGGAAUUUGAAUCGACGUGCCUAUAAGCGAAAGGUCACGCUUUCACAGAUGUUGAUUGAUUGGGGUGGGGGAAUGUUUGAACACUUUCAAAGAGUAAAAAUCCCCAUACGUAUCAAUAUGGACCUCGAGCUGGUAUUUCCAGCUUUCGUUUUUUGUCACAGUUUGGUUUUCUUAUGAGGACGGACCGUAAAGCUCAUUUGACUCAUGAGAGGGGGAAUAUUGUUCCGUCUCUCCUUAUUUACUGAAAUCUGUGCACAAAGAAAGUGUUUGUAGGAGUAAUGGUCAAGUUCUCUGUGGAGAAAGAGACAGAGAGGCCUAUCACAGUUCCUAAUGAAACGUACACCCUCCCUUUCCAGCUUGUGUGAGUGCAACCUCCUUUUCUGCACCAAACGGCCAAACUCUGACAUUUCUGUGCAUUCUCUCAGAGUAACGGAAAGGGAAAGAUAAAAGAUGGUGCAGGAGGGAGUAGGGGUAUCUUUUCUACCAGUGUCUGACUUCCCUUUUUGAAACAACCUUUGUUUUUUACGUUAAUGGCGUUCUUUAGCACAGAUCUGAAAAGAGAUGUGAAUCCCAUGGCUGUCCACGUGUCUCCUGCAGGUGAAAGAUACCCCUGUGUACUCCAGAGUAUAACAGACUUCCUUCAGGUGUAUUUGUUCUGAUCUUCUUUGUUUUGUUUGUUUGUUUUUUGAAAUUGUUAUGUAAUGGCAAACACUACUGUACCAAGCAUCAGCAACCAAUGUGCUUGUUUUGCGUGUUUGAUUUAUGUAACCAAUGAGAAACCUGUUUGUAAGUAGUCAUGAAAUAUAACGACAAAAGGUAAAACAACAAAACUGGCUGUUGAAUUGUCCACUCUAAUGUUCGAGGUGAGAUAUAAAAAUAUAUGUGCCUGCAGAAGUUUUGGUCACUGUGACUAAAUACACAUAAGGAAAUUGUGGGCAAGAAUGGUUUUUAAUUUUCUUACAGCGUUGAUGGCAUUCUUACAAAGCAUUGUGAGAAAUUAUAUUAAACCUUUGCAUUGAAACACC